GGUGGUAAAGAUAGGCAGGUGUGCAGGACAGCGGGAUCAGGUGACCGAGAGAGGUACUCAGGUGAACUUCUUCAGAAUGGCACCGCGACCUUCUGCUGCGUCUCCAGUUCCACUGCUGGUUCUGAAUCUCCUGCUCGGACUGAGCUCAGAGUCGAGCGCUGAAUUCCCUCAGCUUUGCUCCCGGUCUGAACCCUCAGCCGUCCCACCUUCCUCAGUUCAUGCUCUGAGGCCUGGAGAUGUGUCCGUGGUGUCUGUUCUCGGACUGUCCGCUAAACACAGGUCUGAGGAACUAAAAACUCUGCAAGGACUCUCAGACAUUCUGUCCAUCUUUAAUCCUGAUGUGAAGACUGUGCUGCCAGAACAGAGGGGUCUGCUGAAGGAGGCUGAGGAAUUGGCCCAUUCCCUCACCGGUAAUGAGUGGAAGCUCCUCCUUCUCCUGGUCUCGGUGGAUGAACUCUGUAUUUGCCCCGGCCAGACCAGUUCAGCCGUAAACUCAGCUGCACUCAGUGUGGAGAAAGCUCUGGACCAACUGCACAACACAUUGGACCAUGCUCUGGUUCAUGUGGUGGUCUGGGGUGGACAAGUGGAAUCAGAACGUCCUUCACAUGACGGUACCUGUAAGUGUCAGUAUGAUGGAGACUCCAGUUCAGGGGUGGAGCACUGGUACAGGCUGGAGCGAGCUGCUCUGAAAGCUGUGUUACAGGAGUCUGUGGAUGGUGUGUUGAGGAGGCGGGGCUUGUGGAGUGAUCGGGAGGAUUUUAGUGCAGUACUACAGUCCAGCCCAACACACACCGACUACACUGACGCAGGAGACUCGUGGCGGGCGCUGGUUGAGUUGUGGGGAGAGUUGCUGCAGCCAGUGGAGGCGGAGUCUGGGCUGGAGGGGCGUGGCCUAGUCAGUUUUCCCUGCCCUUCUCAGGAGAGGCCUUACCUGCUGACCCAGCGUAACUCACCCAGCCAGCCUGAGAUCCACCAAUCACCAUCCAGAUCAGCCCUGAGACACACGAGGAUGGGCACCAGUCUGUCCUGCCCCCAUCACAGCCCCUCCCCUUCAGUUCCUACUUCAGUUCACACUCUAAGACCCGCAGAUAUUAAAGUGGUGGGAGCAAUAGGAGACUCGCUCACGGCGGGUAAUGGAAUUGGAGCUGCUCAGAACAACCUGCUGGGCAUCAUCCGGGAGUACCGGGGUCUGGCCUGGAGUAUCGGAGGAGACAACUCCCUUUCAUCUGUAACCACCUUACCAAAUCUGCUGCGGGAGUUUAACCCUUCACUCACCGGAUUCUCCACCGGCUCCGGCAAAGCCACCACCACCCAGGCCUUCCUCAACCAGGCUGUAGCCGGAGCCAAGAGCCAAGACCUGGUCUCCCAGACGAGAGCUCUUAUCAACCGCAUGCAGAGCGACUCGCGUAUUGAUUUUGAGAACGAUUGGAAGGUCAUCACCGUCUUCAUUGGAGGAAAUGACCUGUGCGCUUCCUGCGAGAACCCGGAAUAUUUCUCUGCUUCCAACUUCGCCAACAACAUCCGCAACGCCCUGGACGUCCUACACACCGAGGUACCACGAGCUCUGGUGAACCUGGUGGAGGUUAUCUACAUCAUUCCACUGCGCCAACUACACCUGGACUCCAGCCUCGGCUGCCCCACCUGGCUCGUCAGGGAUAUAUGUCCGUGUGUGGUGAACCCAGCGGAAGGAUCAUCAGAACUGGAGGAAUUAAUCAACAUCAACCGAGAGUAUCAGAGUGUAACGAGGGAUCUGGUGAACUCGGGUCGUUAUGAUACACGUUCGGACUUUAGCGUUGUGUUGCAGCCGUUUCUCAGAGACGUGGUGCUGCCACUGCAAUCGAACGGGAAGCCGGAUCGAUCGUUCUUCGCUCCGGACUGUUUCCACCUCAGUCAGAAAUCCCAGGCUCUGAUGGCCCGAUCCCUCUGGAACAACAUGUUAGAGUCUGUGGGCAGUAAAACAGCCAUUCUGGACAUCGAGGAGGGAGUUACAGCGCAGUGUCCAUCCAGCAGCUCCUCCUAUUUUACAACCAGUUUAAACAGCCAAUCGGUUUAUCAAUCCACGAUCAAUACUACAACCCAAACACCAGAAACUCAACCACCAGAAACUCAACCACCAGAAACUCAAACACCAGUAACUCAACCACCAGAAACUCAACCACCAGAAACUCAACCACCAGAAACUCAACCACCAGAAACUCAAACACCAGAAACUCAAACACCAGAAACUCAAACACCAGAAACUCAAACACCAGAAACUCAAACACCAGAAACUCAAACACCAGUAACUCAACCACCAGUAACCCUGCCACCAAACUGGGGCAGUAAAUUCUCCUGCAAAAAUACAGAACCAUCCGACACGGUUCCUACAUCAGUUCACAGACUGAGGCCGGGUGAUGUUGACGUGGUUGCAGCUCUGGGAGAUUCGCUCACUGCCGGGUUCGGGGCUAAAGCAAACAACAUCAUCCAGCUGCUGAACGAGGAGAGGGGCGUGUCCUGGAGUAUUGGUGGGGAUGAUACUCUGGAGACAGUCACCACUAUACCAAACAUCCUGAAGAAGUUCAACCGUAAUGUAUUCGGCUUCUCUAAAGGUCGCAGUAAGAGACCCAACGGCUUCAACAUGGCCGUGAGCGGAGCUAAAGCCAGUGGAAUACCUGGACAGGUACGGGACCUGAUCGAGGCUCUGAGGAACAGUACAAGUGUGAACUUUCAGCAGGACUGGAAGCUGGUGACUCUGUUUAUAGGUGGUAAUGAUCUGUGUCAGUACUGUAAAGAUCGGGAUGCGCUUUCUCCUAAAAAAUACAUCGGACACAUUAGGGAUGCGCUGGACAUGCUGUAUAAUGAGGUUCCGAGGGUGCUGGUGAACUUCGUUGAGAUUCUGGAGAUUGAGGAUCUGCGUAAAGUAACGGCGAACACCCUCGGGUGCUCCAUGCAGGGAACGCUCUGCCCGUGUUUCCUGAACCCUGAGGAGAACUCUGAGGAGCUGUACGAGAUGAAGAGGAUCAAUAGAGCACUGCAGAUGGAGACCGAGCGGUUGGUGUACGGCGGUCGCUACGACAAACGGGACGACUUCGCUGUGGUGCUUCAGCCCUUCUUCCAGAACUCUGUGGUUCCCAUGGGAACGAACAAACAGCCGGACCUCAGCUUCUUCUCCGUCGACUGUUUCCACUUCAGUGAGAGAGGACACGCCCAGAUGGCCAUCGCUCUGUGGAACAACAUGCUGGAGCCCGUGGGCAGCAAACAGAGCUACAACAACUUCACCCACGACCCCAGCAAGAUACACUGUCCCUCAGAGGAGCAUCCCUAUAUCUUCACCCUGGGGAACACCUUCUCCUUGGAACCCACCGAAGGCGCCACAACAACCACCACCUCCACCGCCACCACCACUGAAGAAACGGUACUUCCCGUCACCCCAGAGAACCGCAUGAACACCAUGCCCUCGUGGACGGCCGGCCUCCUGGUGGUGGUCAGUUUACUGAUCGGUGUUGCCACCACCUGGCUGGUGAUGCACUGCCGGGAGCGCGGCAAGAGGAAUCAGAAGCUCAGCUCUCUGGAGAUGAAAGGGACUUGCAUGUAACAUCUCUUUAAUCUGGCUUUGAUGUGAAAAGAAACAGAAGAUCAGGAGAUAAAGAGAUAAAGAGAUGGAGUGCGGUAAUUGGUAUCAGAAAGUUUUGAUUAUAUUAAUCUUAUUAAUGUUACUUUUUACAAGUAAUAUCUUACUACUAAAAUGAGGGUGUUAAUAUGAAGCUAUCUACCAGAAUAUGUUUACAUUUAAUUCAGUUUCAUUCGAUAUAAAAGGUGAACAUAAUGAUGAUAAUAUGCAGUAGGCCUGUCACAAUAACAACAAUACAUUAUCAACUUAUCGUUCAAUAAAUAGACAUGACUCUGACUGUGGGCGUGGCCACCAUGGCACAGGGAGUAAAUUAACUCAAAACGUACCUUUAUUAGGAAAAAUGCCCUCCAUCAACACCCAAAACUAACUUAAAGAAACAUAUUAACGGUCUACAGCGGCUUUAGUCGCGCAACUUUAGUGUCCAAUGCGGGCCAGCUGGGACAGAGCGGGGCUGUGUGUCAUUUUAUAUAUAUACUAUAUAUAUAAUAUUACUUUGGUUCAAGCUGGGAACUUCGGGUUCCAAAAGUAGUUGCGUGAACAGGAAUGGAAAGUUUAUUGUCUUUAAAAUGGUGUAAUUCCUUUGCUAUGAUAUGAUGUUAUCAUUAUAUUAGUGCCAUUUAAGGGUCUUAAAAUGCAAACAAUACCGUUUAUCACAAUCAUUUCUGGGACAUCAUAUCGUUCGUAAAAAAUUGUUAUUGUGACAGGCCUAAUAAUAUGCUAUAAUUAUUUGUUUACAUUACUGAUUGUGAGGUAAGCAGCUCCAAGAACACUUGAAGCUUUUUACAGAUCAUACAGACUUUUGACUAUGUUCACAUUACAAGCCAUGUUGCUCAAAUCCGAUUUUUUGCUCAGAUCAGAUUUGUGUAUCUUGACGGUUCACAUUCACUGUAAGUGUAAGUGAUCUGUAUCUGUGUGUAAUGUGAACGAAUCUGUUCCUGAAUCGUCUCACAUGCUGCACAUUGAUACCUGUAUAAACGCCUCCUUCUUCACCAACAACAAAAACCCUCAUAUUAGAGAGACAAAUAAAAGGCCAGGCGGUUUGCUUUUGCUGUUUUUAUUGCAGCUGUAGCUGCACAGCUGCACCAAGAGAUGCAAUGUGGGUAUGAGAGAGAAGCAUGUAGCGCUAAUGCUAAUGCUAAUGUGUAAAAGCAAAAAGACAGAUGCAUAAAUUCAGAUUUGACUGUUUGUCAUAUAUACGUAUCCGAUUUAGGACCAGAUAUGAAAGUGACUUUUGUAUUUGUAUUUGGCACAUUCACAGAGCCAUGAAAAAAUCUGAUCUGAGCCACAUUGAGCAAAAAAUCUGAUUUGAGUCACUUAAGCCUGGUAAUGUGAACAUAGACUUUAUUUAGAUGUAUGGUUUCCACAUAGCAACAUAUGGUUUUUAGGGCACCUUAGCAGCCACCUGAAAUGCCACAGCAACCCCACUAGUAACCAGAAACCAAGAAACAUUUCAGCAACACUAUAGCACCCCACUUAACAGCACUUUAGCAAACCUAGCAACGCCUUUACCUCAUCAACCACCUGAAAUAACACAACAGCUGCAUUCCUCAGCUGAAAUCAACAGAAAAUCAAUAGUAACUGCACAGCAAUACCUUACUGCAAUAGCAACAAGCUUGAACACCACAGCAACCAUGUAGAAAAACAGUUUCACCCUAGUGUCCAACAUUCUUCAGGAACAUUUUCUUCAGGAAGGUCACUUCUCAUUGUUAUUUUUAUUUACAUUCACACAGCGAGUAAAAGAAGCCAUAUAUAAAAUAGAAGCGUUAACUCGGUGGCAGUGUGAACGGCAACUGAUACUGAACUGAUAUUGAAAGCAACUUAUUUUCAGUUCUAAUUUGGGUCAAUUUUACAUUAAAUUAAAUAUAAAAUCUGCAGAUACUGGAAAUGCUUGAUGGCUCUUGUGAUGCUGAAGAAGACGAAACCGAAACUUCAUGUGAAGCUCUGCUCUUUAGAUGAACCUCACAAACUGUUCAGACCUAUUUUACAUUUAGAUCACAUUAAAAACAUAAUGUGAACAGUCUGAAAUAUAUGGAAGGCCAUUCCCGCCACCUAAAAUUAACAAAAUAAAUCCAGGACAUUAUUCACUUAUUAUUAAGUAAACUGCUACCUCAUUAUCUUGAGAUACUAAGUCAUUUUUUGAGAUAGUAAGUCAUUAUGCUGAAAAAGCUAGUGAAAAAAGUUUAUUUUUUAUUUCUUUAAAAAAAAAGACUUACUAUCACAAAAUCAUGAGAUAGUAUCUCAAAAUAAUGACGUACUAUCUCAAUAUAAUGCAAUAGCAGUUUAUGUAAUAAUAAAAAAAAUGUGCAGUUUUUUUUUUUUUUUUUU